AUCAGAUAAAAGAAUUUAACUCAAAUCACAGGUGUUAGUUGCAAAUCUCGAGAUUAUAUAUAUUUGCAGACGGAGAUAUUCAUGCAUGGACCCCUAAAAGGAUAAUACUUUAAUUUCUUUAAAUAGUGAAUCGUAAUCUAGAUUGAUAAUUCCCCUGAAAUAACUCGUUGAUCCAAUAUGAGCAUACGACUGAUCCAAAAUUAACGAAAUUCUUUUGCAAAAGCCCUAAAAAAGUUUUGCUGCAGUAUGGAAGUUGAUGUUUUAAUUUUCUAAUUUUCGAAUCCUGCAUGAAUUUUGGGGAAAUACUUUAUUUUUCUUUCAAGAGAGAAAGAGGGCUGCGGAUUUUGUGAAAAUCCAAGGAGAAAGAUUAGUAAUUUUUCAAGGGUAAAAAGAGAUGUUGUAUUUGUGGGUAUCUUUGUGCUGCAUUUCCUAUUUCAUGGGUUUUUUCGCCGCUGCUGGAAAUGUGGUUAUGAUUGCAAAGAAUGUGACUUUGUCUUUCGACGACAUUGAAGCUAACUUUGCACCCUCAGUGAGAGAGUCUGGCAUAUGUGGGACGGUGAGCAUUGCAGAACCUUUGGAUGCUUGCUCGUUGCUGACCAAUGAAAGAGUUGCAAGUAAGAACGGCACCAGAUAUCCGUUCGUGUUGAUAGUCAGAGGAGGAUGUAGCUUCGAGGACAAGGUUAGACGAGCACAAGCUGCUGGAUUCGAAGCAGCCAUUGUCUAUGACAAUGAAACCAGCGAUUUAGUUGCGAGUAGUAAACCUAUUGUUUUUGGCCAUCUUCCACGAGUUAAUAAAGUGGCUGGAAAUCCUGUUGGUAUAAACAUAAACGCGGUGUUUGUUUCGAAAGUUUCUGGGGAAACACUUGCCAAAUAUGCUGGUGCAUCUGAUUUGCAGCUGUGGAUAGUCCCGAGCUAUGAGAACCCAUCGUGGUCUAUAAUAGCUCUUUCGUUCAUUUCAUUACUCGGUGUGUCAGCUGUUUUAGCUACUUGUUUCUUCGUGAGAAGGCACCGGUUCAGAAGUGAGAGGCCGCUAGCACCCCGUGUGAGAGAGUUCCAUGGGAUAAGCAGUCGCUUGGUGAAGGCGAUGCCCAGUCUGAUUUUCACAGCUGUUCUCGAGGACAACUGUACUUCUCAGACAUGCGCGAUAUGCCUCGAAGACUACAGUGUCGGAGAAAAGCUCCGAGUUCUUCCAUGUCGACACAAAUUCCACGCUGUUUGUGUCGACACUUGGCUAACGUCGUGGAGAACAUUCUGCCCCGUCUGCAAGCGUGAUGCAAAGACCAAAACCACUAAACCUCUGGCUGAUGAGUCUACACCGUUGCUAUCAGCUUCCGUUAUUCCAUCUUUGACUUCAUCACCAUCUUCACCGGCAUCAUCGUCACCCUUGCAGAUAGGGCCGUCAACGCAUCAAUCCCGGUCAGUUUCACUGCACCAGCACAUCCCUAGCGUCGUCUAUAACCUGCAUUCUCAUCAUCAAUCACCCCAGAGUGACACGCCUCCCCUUCAGCCCGAUGGGGCUUGUGCAGUGUCGUCUAACUCGACCAGCUACACAUCAUUGUCGACUCUCAACUCCAUAUACGUCCUGCCAUAUGUCCCGGCUGCAGGUAAUGUCUCAUCAACCUACUUAGGCUCUUCAAGUCAUGCGUCGUAGGGAGUCGUCUGCAGGCUUUUUCGUCGUUUGCUUCGACUCCAUAGGUGGUGCUAUGAAGCUACUAUAGCUAAUUGUACAUGGUAUAUAGUGCAAGGUUUUAGCAUCUAGAUGUGGAUGGGAGGUUGUGACAGUGUGAGUAUAUAUUUAGAUUUUGGUUGUUCAUGCUGUAAUGGCUCUCUCGGUCAAUUUUUUUAUUUAUUUUUUUCUUCUUCUUCCUUUUCAUUUCUUCUGUAUUUAUGUAAUUAUGUUGAGAUUUCUGUUGGUGUAACUUUUUUGUUGGGAUGUUGGAAUAAAAUGUUUAUAGUACCAAAUUGAAGCA